CCGGAGGCCGGUGGUGGUGGCCGGUGGUGUGGCCGUGCCGGGGGUCGUCGAUGUCGCGGCUGCGGGGUCCGGGACCGGUCCUGCGGGGGCCUCCGGGCCGGGGCCUCUCCUACCUGGGCCGCCCCCAGCCGGGGGACCCCGGGGGGCCGGACCCGCGCCCCGCCGCCCCCUUCUCCCGAUCCCGCAUCGGGGUCUUCUUCCAGGGCCGCCCCCGCCUCCGAGACCCCUAUCGCCAAGACCCCCUCCUGCGAGCGCACCUCCGAGCCCGCCUGCCCCCUCAGGUGUUCGCCGCCGUGCACGAGGACCUGCAGCGCUUCGGGGAGCUGGUGGCCGAGGAGGUGGACGCCCUGGGCCGCGAGUGCGAGCUGUGCCCGCCCUCGCUGCAGCAAUAUGACGCCUGGGGCCGGCGUGUGGACCGCAUCGUCACCAGCCCCGCCUGGAGGAGGAUGAAAGACCUGGCCGCCCACGAGGGGCUCGUGGCCGAGGCCUUCGAGAGGCGAUUCUCCAACUGGAGCCGUGUCUACCAGAUGGCCAAGCUGUACCUGUUCGUGCCCUCCUCGGGCCUCUUCUCCUGCCCCCUCGCCAUGACCGACGGGGCGGCUAAAGUCCUGGAGACGGUGCGGUGCUCGGGGCCGCCGGGGGCCGCCCUGGCUCACCUGACUUCCCGGGACCCCCAGAGCUUCUGGACCUCCGGCCAGUGGAUGACGGAACGCAAGGGCGGCUCGGAUGUGGCCCUGGGCACGGAGACGCUGGCCCGGGCGCAGGCCGACGGCACCUACCGGCUCUACGGGCACAAGUGGUUCACGUCCGCCACCGACGCCGACGUGACCCUGACCCUGGCCAGGGUGGUGGAUGACCAGAACUGCGUCAAGGAGGGGACCCGAGGGCUGACCCUCUUCUUCCUGAAGCUGCGAGACGAGCAGGGGCGGCUGAACGGCAUUGAGGUGCAGCGGCUCAAGGACAAGCUGGGCACCCGGCAGAUGCCCACGGCGGAGCUGCUGCUGGACGGAGCCGAGGCCUACCAGAUCUCCGCGGAGGGCCGGGGCGUGGCCACCAUCGCCAAGAUGCUGGCCAUCACCAGGAUCCACAACGUGAUCAGCGCCGUGGCCUCCAUGAGAAGGAUCGUCAACCUGGCCCGGGAUUAUGCCAGCAAGCGGUUCGUGUUCGGGAAGCUCAUCAAAGACCACCCCCUGCACACCCAGACCCUGGCCCGCAUGGAGGUGGAGACCCGGGGCGGGUUUCUCCUGGCUAUGGAGCUGGCCAGGCUGCUGGGCCUGGAGGAGACCCACCAGGCCACCCCAUCCGAAGAACGUCUGCUGCGUCUGCUGCCCUCCGUGGCCAAGCUGUACACGGGCAAGCAGGCCGUGGCCGUGGUGUCGGAGGGGCUGGAGUGCUUCGGAGGGCAGGGCUACAUGGAAGACACGGGCCUGGCGGGCCUGCUGCGCGACACUCAGGUGCUGACCAUCUGGGAAGGAACCACCAACAUCCUGGCUCUGGACGUCCUGCAGGCCCAGCUCAAGAGCGAGGGCCAGGUGCUCCGGGCCUUCGCCUCAUCCGUCCAGGAGAAGCUGGACUCCGCCCGUGAGCGCCCGGCCCUGGCGGCCCCUGGCCGGCGCCUGCAGGACGCCCUCCGGCAGCUCCACCGGUUCCUGGAGGAGGUCCCGGGUCUGGGGGGCACCGCCAUGGAGACGGCGGCCCGGGAUUGGGCCUACUCUCUGGCUCGCAUCUACAUAGGGGCGCUGCUGGUGGAACACGCCGCCUCGUCGGCCGCCUCCCCCACGGACGUCUACGCGGCGCAGAGGUGGUGCGAACGGGAUCUCUGCCCCACCGCUGCCGGCGCCCUGGCGGGCUGCUACAGCCAAGAGGCCGUUUCCAUGGACGCCGCCCUGGUCUACGAGGGAAGCCCCCUCCUCGACACGAUGCUGUGAGCCCCCCCCCCCCCCCACCACCCCGAGCUCGCCCGGCGCCCGCUUCCGGCCAGGGGCCCGAGCCGACGGUGGCCACGGCCUCCGAAGGAAUUUUAAAUGGAAAUUAGUUCGAAGUAGCUUUUCGGCAAGGGAAGGACCUCGCCCGAAAGGUCGGUAUCCCAGCUAAGUGCCUCGGGGACGUGACUCAACGGCCCCCAUUUGGCUGCGGGGUCGUCAUCUAGCUGACUUGAAAAGAGACAUCGAGGCCAGUCGGGAGGCCGCGCCGAACCUCAUCGGCGGAACCGAAGAACGAGGUGAGCGCGGGGCGUGCGUGAAAGGUCAGCUGUUAGUCCCGGGCCCCCUUCCACCAAAAACCGAUUAAAAAGCCAGAAGCCGA